GUAAAUGAGCUAGGUGGCAAGGAUGGGAAGGGCACCGUGUUGUGACAAGGAGGGAGUAAAGAAAGGGACCUGGUCUCCUGAAGAGGACCAAAUCUUGGUGCAGUACAUCAACAACCACGGCCAUGGUAGCUGGCGUUCCCUCCCCAAGCAUGCUGGUCUCCUUCGAUGUGGAAAGAGCUGUCGGCUUAGGUGGAUAAACUAUCUUCGUCCUGACAUCAAACGUGGUCCCUUUUCUCCAGAGGAAGAGGAUACUGUCAUUCAGCUCCAUGGAAUGCUCGGUAACAGGUGGGCUGCCAUAGCAUCACAACUGCCCGGAAGAACAGACAAUGAGAUUAAGAACUUCUGGAACACUCAUUUGAGGAAGCGUCCGCUUUGCUCGGUCCAGAGACCAUGGGUGCACAAGCCCUCAUCCAAACUGGACCUAAGCAAUGUUGAAUCCGAAUCUCCUUCCACCCGCCACAUGGUACAGUGGGAGAGUGCCAGAGUAGAGGCUGAGGCUCGCUUGUCAAAGGAAUCGUUACUGCACAAGCCGUCAUCGAUGGGCUGGACAGACUCUGAUUACUUCCUCCGUCUAUGGAAUACUGAAGUUGGAGAAUCAUUUCGGAAGAUGAAUGGGAAAGAUGGGGAAGCCUGCCAAAGCCCCGUCUCUCAAGCAUCUUCAUCUGUAAAAUGUGGUUCAGGUUCUGAUGUCACAGUCCAAGCAAAAAACAGUACCAGGACCUGGGGCGCCACGAACAUGACUCAAGAACAUGAAGAAGACAGCUAUAGACCAAUGAUAGAAGACGCAAUGGCCAGCCCGAAUUCUCUCAGCUCUUACAAUCUCAUCGAUUCUUCCAAUACUGCAGCAUUCGACCUAUUGCUAGAUUUCCCAGAUGGUGAUGAUGUCUUCCUAGGGUAGACAAUUUGGCUCGACACUAAAAUGUGAACACAAGAUGCCUCUUUCCGGUCUUGCAUUGCGGGAGUGUAAUUACCAUGGGAAGAGCAAUUAGUUUUUAGCUAGGCAGAUAGUUUGGCACCUUUUGUUUUGUGUUUCUUCUUUCGAGUCCAAUUGGUUUCCUAAAUUUUCUCGCCAAUUCCUCCUCUUGAUUUUCUCAAAAGAUGCGGGAAGAAGAGAUUAAACACUACAUGGACAGAAGGUCGAUAUAAUUCAAGUUGUCUCUCUUGCUGACAGCUUCAUUGUAAUCAAUCAUAUGGGCCCAGAAGCACAGUAGAAGCUCUUGGUAUAUUCACUUUGACUGGUGCCAUGUCAG